AUGGAUAUCCGAAUACAUCUCGAUAGGGAGCAACCUACCUAUACGAAUGAAGAUGUUGUAUCCGGCCAUGUCAUGCUCAGAAAUGGCGCACAGUUGGAUAUAACAGCUAUAACAAUAAAACUUUCUGGGUCCGCAACAUCAAGAUUGAACUCAAACAAACUAACUCAAUCACAUCAGCUUUUUGAAAGGACUGAGCAAGCGUUUCCCCCCAGCCAGUAUGCGACUUGGUUCACUUCUCGCAAGGUGACUAUCCCUCCGGGGGAACAUGCUUUUCCAUUUUCGAUCAGGUUCCCCCAGGUUUCGGAAUGCUACAAGGCUACCACAGACGUCUGCGGCAAACGACCAGCAAGUAGGCGGACACACCAUCUACUGCGAAAACUCCCGCCUUCGUCCGGAGAUAAAACCACGCCCGAGGAGAUAAAGUAUUUUCUCGAAGCAACUGUUCGACCGGAUGGUAUCCUAUGCAGGACUCAAAAAGCCACUCGCGACGUAUAUUUCCGCCAUGUAUCUACCAUCAGCCACAUUUUACCUAGUUUGACAGGCAAAGAGACUGUCACUUGCAGCUCCGGUUCCAAUUCCUCGCUUUCCCCACUGACUUGUGAAAUAGAGGCCAAGUUGUUGAACGGGCCGUUCCUUCUGCUGGGGCAACCAAUCUCACUAAAUGUGGAUGUUAUUAAAUUGAAUUUGGACGAAUGCAAAAGUGGUGUGUUUCUGCACAAUUUUCAGACCAUGCUUAUCGAAACUACAGAGGUACGAGCACGAGAUUCCAUGGAAGUUCAUACCCGUUCCUGCGUCAUACAAACGACCACUCGCGUGCAAUAUGAGCCACGAUGCAUGGUCGGAUCGACAUUGAGCUUCGACGACAGCCUAUGGAGUCGGCAUUGUGUACCGCUACAUCUGACCCCGACAUUUGAAACGUGUAAUAUCAGCCGGAGCUACAAGCUUGAGAUAAGGCUUGGAAUUGAAUUCGGCAGGAACAAUGUAGGUUAUUAUCCUUGGAGCGUUGAGUUGUAUGAUCACAGAAGCUGA